AACUCAAAAAAGAUAUUGCAUAAAAAAGAGGUAAAAAUGAAAAUCAGUGUAAAGAUACGAAAAAAUUGACUCUUUGAACUUUGGAAAAUGACACCAACAAGUCAGGUACUUUUGAGUGAAAAAAACAUUUUAAAAAAUCAAUUUAAACAAUUAACACGAUAACGAAAUACGAUAAAAAUAAUUAAUUACAAAACACAAAGAAAGAAAAACUUUACGACGAUGUGAAUUCGAACUUUAAAACCUGAAAUGACGUAUUUGCAUGACUCGUAUCGCAUCGCGUAUCGUCGAAUUGAAUUUUUUUUAUAGGUGCCUACGUUAUCUGAACUUAUUUUUUAAUUGUUUAAUCGAAUUUUGCUGACACAUUUCACGAUUUGUUACUUGACUGGAUUUAUUUGUCAAGUGAGGGUACGGUUGAUGAAUUGUUGAAUCUUCGAUCCCGAAAACGCGAAAAAAUGAUUUUACGCGAUCAAAAUAACGAAUCUUCGACUUAUUACACGAUUCAGUUCGCUUUGAUUUUAUUUUUAAUAUUUAUGUUGCUAUUGUUUUUACUCUGGUGCUACUUUUUAUUCAACUGGUUGAGGAAUUGUUUGCAUCAUUCUCCGAUUAAAAAGGGAUCCAACUCGGUAUGUCGUUUCCUGUUCGAAUCGGCUGAACAUUCAGUCAACAAAGCCGCUCAAUUAGCCGAACCAGUCACCAAUAUUUUCGAAAAACCAAUCAAAUUCGCCGAUUCGACUUUCUGCACCACGAUGGACAUAGUUGGCACCACAAUCCAAAAGGGCGUUGAAACACCCCAGAAGAUCAAAGCACCCAAACAGCACUCGCUGUCGGAAACGUGAAAGAUAAAGCCAAGAUGUUUUCAUAAAAAUCUCGAUAUUCGUCGGAAUCUAACCUGUAAUUCGUAUUGUUCAUCUGCUCGCGAAUAUUUUUAAAUGUAAAAUUUAUUUAAUUACUUAACUACCUACGUAGUACGUAUUUAUGUGUUUUUUAAAUAGAGAUUUUCUGUUAAUUCCAAGCUCGUAAAGUGUAUCUAUUUGAAUAGAUCUUAUUGUCAUCGUCGAAAUUUAUUUACAAUGUAUUUUUUAAUUUAAAUCUAAUUUUAAAAAAUUUGUUUCUUAUUGUUACCUACUUUUUGUUUCCAAUACGAAUUAUGUACUUACUAAUUAAGCAAUUUAUUAUAUUUUUUGUUAUUAUUUUUCCUUCCUAUUGGCCGAGUGUCACCUGUCGGCAUUAUAUGAUUAUUUUACGUUUCUUUGUUCAAUAUACCUAAAUAAUACCUCGUA